AUGUUCCCGUUCACUACAAGCAUCGUGGGGCAUGAUGUAGAGAAGGGUGAGGAGAUAACACUCAUUGACAUCAUCAGGGAUAGGUGUAGGACACAGGAGGCUGCGGGGACCGGGAUAGAGACCGACAAGGUACACCAGGUGACAAGUUCUCCGGAGAAGGACGCCAGGUCGGGUCAGAAGCAAGAACGUCAAGAGGGUCGUCAAGACAGUAAGGGAAGUUUGGAGGCCUGGGCCAAGCAGUAUCCAUCAGUUUGGGUGGUUACCAUGAAGCAGUUCGACGAGGGGGAGGUCAAAGGCAAUUUCAAGCCAGACGAUAUCAAACGGGUUGGAAUGCGACCAAAGGGGGGCGUGCGUAAGCAUUAUGCCGUGAUAGCCUAUAAGGAUGCCGAUCGGGGAGGCGCAGUCGUGAAGGAGGUCUUGAAAAAAACGGAGGGGUCAGACCGUUUCCGGGCUAGGGAAUUUGUCUAUAAAAAGCCGGGAAACGGUCAGGGCCGGGCAUGA